GCCUCACCACGAGAGAACGAGACCUACUAUUGAACACUUCACUCAUCUGCUCCCGUUGACUGCAACGAGAAACCCUCUCAUUACUCACCUCAUCCCUCCCGAAUCCAACCCUCCACUACCACCUACACCCUCAUCAUGCACAUCACCAAAAAGCUCGCCGCCGCACACGCGGAAGGCAGAGCAACAUACUCCUUCGAAUACUUCCCACCCAAAACCGCCCAGGGCGUGCAAAACCUCUACGACCGCAUGGACCGCAUGCACGCCUUCGGUCCCGCCUUCAUCGACGUCACCUGGGGCGCCGGAGGCCGUCUGUCCAACCUGACAUGCGAAAUGAUUAAGGUCGCCCAGACCACCUACGGCCUCGAAACAUGCAUGCACCUGACCUGCACCGAUAUGGAACAAAGCAAGCUCGACGACGCCUUGACUGAGGCCUACAAUGCCGGCUGCACCAACAUCCUCGCCCUUCGUGGAGACCCGCCGCGAGAGAAGGAGAAGUGGGAGCAGGCGGAGGGCGGAUUCCGCUAUGCCAGAGACUUGGUCAAAUACAUCAAGCAAAAGUACGGCGAUCACUUUGAUGUCGGCGUGGCUGGAUAUCCAGAGGGCCCGGACGAAGACACGAAUGCCGAUGAACACAUUGCAUACUUGAAAGAGAAGGUCGAUGCCGGCGGCACCUACAUCAUCACUCAGAUGUGCUACGAUGCAGACAUCUUCAUCGAGUGGGCGAAGAAGGUCCGUGCAGCUGGCAUUCCAGACUCUGUUCCUAUCAUCCCGGGUAUCAUGCCCAUCCAGACACAUGCCUCUUUCUUACGCCGCGCCAACUGGACCCAAUGUCGCGUGCCACCCGAAUGGCACGAAAAGCUGGAGCCCGUCAAGAAUGACGAUGUGGCCGUGCGAGAAGUCGGGAAAGACUUGAUUGCCGACUUUUGCCGGAAGCUGCUCGAUUCUGGAAUUACGAUGCAUCUCCAUUUCUACACCAUGAACCUCGCCGUGUCUACACGCAUGGUGCUCGAGGAGCUCGCAGUCACGCCGUCUAGUGACAGCACCGACCCUACCAUCAAGCCACUUCCGUGGCGGCAGUCCUUGGGCCGCAAUCGACGAGAAGAGAAUGUGCGGCCGAUUUUCUGGAGCGGACGCAAGAGUUCCUACGUCGCUCGCACGCAAGACUGGGAUGAGUUUCCGAACGGAAGAUGGGGCGACAGUCGAUCUCCUGCGUUUGGCGGGCUGGAUAGCUACGGGAUAGGCUUGAAGGGGACUAACGAGCACAAUCGCAAACUAUGGGGCGAGCCAAAGACUCUCAGAGACAUCUCCGACCUCAUUGAGAAUUACAUGAGCGGCAAGGUAGAGAGCCUCCCGUGGUCCGAAGCGCCGGUCAGCUCCGAGACAUCAGAACUCAAAGACGACUUGAUCGAGCUGAACCGAAGGGGCUUCUUAACCAUCAACUCCCAACCCGCAGUUGACGGCGCCAAAUCCUCCGACCCCGUCUUCGGCUGGGGUCCACGGAACGGCUACGUAUACCAAAAGGCAUACCUGGAGCUUCUCAUUACACCCAAAAUCAUCGAAACCGUCAUUGAAAGAAUGGACGCCGACCCCGACAUCACCUACUACGCCGUCAACAACUCCGGCGUGCUCCGCACCAAUACCUCCGAGGACUGCGGCCCCAACGCCGUGACGUGGGGCGUGUUCCCCGGCAAGGAAAUCGUGCAGCCGACGAUUGUCGAGACCGUCUCGUUCCUCGCGUGGCGAGACGAAUUCUACCAUCUCGGCUCCGAGUGGAGCAAGUGCUACGAUGAAAACAGCGAGGCGCGCCACUUGAUCAAAGACGUGACGGAGAACUGGUACCUCGUCAAUAUCGUGGACAACGACUUCCGGCGGGAACGCGGCGUUUUCCCCCUCUUCGAUGGCCUGCUUGUGCCUGAACUUCGCGCCGAUUGGGUGCAGCCGAAGUGGACGGCGCCGACGACGAAUGGUGAUGUCGCCAGCACCAACGGUGUUCAGGCGGAGACACCGCACGUCAAUGGUGUUUCGUCCCACGACACCGGGAAGCCUUUGACGAACGGCGACUUGAAGAACUAGACCUUCUGCCCUCCCGCAUUUGUCAUGGAGGGCA